ACAAAUGAUCUUCCUGCCCUACUGGAUGCUACUCUUCUUAGCCAUUUGCUACACAACAGAAGCAUCACCUUAUUAUUACAGCGAACCUCCUCCGCAAGCCAGACCUUAUUCAGACGUGUCACCGCCUGAAAUUGAUAACAAUCCGGCCGUAGAACCGUAUCCUGUUCCUCCGCAUUCAGUGUCAUCUUAUGCUGCUCCUCUUAUUGUGCCAUUUCUCUCUGCUGAUUAUCAAGCGUCUACUCCAAACACGAACGCAUCCACCGAAAGCGCUACUGCUAUGACAGUCAAUGAAGAAGUCGGAACUGAUUGGAGCUCUACGAGUACAGACUACGUCACCGAGCCUAUUGAAAAUUACGAUACGACUACUGGUGAAACAAGUUUCUGGAUUUUGGAAACAACUUCUAAUGGAUCUGAUCCUUACGAAGGCACUACAAACGCACCUAUUCAUUUGCCUCCCCAUCUUGAAGCAAUAUAGUUAAAUUUGAUCAUCGUAUCAUAAUAGCGUUAUGUAAAAUUAUCGAGAAUCUCUGCUGUUAUUGAGUUUGACAUCCUGUGAAUUGUUGGAAGUUGCACAUACUUGUUUUUCUCAUUAAUACAACAGUUCAUCUA